GCCUUGUUUUUAUUUCAGAAGGUAAUGGAUCUGUUCCUGCAUCGUACCCAAAGCCUUCCAAGCAGAUCUGUGUUAUUUAAGCAAACGAGAGAUUAAUAUUCCAUUAGAGAGACACCCUGUUCCGCCCUGAGGCUGAAGCUACCAUGGCUAACAUUGUAGCAGCCUACAAAGAGAAAAUUCAGGAGAUGUCCAUGCUGUCUCUGAUCUGCUCCUGCUUGUACUCCCAGCCACAUCGUAACAGCAUUUACCAAUAUGGAGACAUGGAGGUGAAGCCCAUUAACAAGUGUGCUUCUGGCCAGUACUUUGAGGUCAUACUGAAAGCCCCAACCGACCUGUCCCCAGACUGCCCUCAGCCACUAGCCUCUCCUCCAAAGAAGGACGUCUCCCUCCAUGAGCUGCAGAAGAGGCUGGAGGCCGCAGAGGAGAGGAGAAAGUCCCACGAGGUCCACGUGCUGAAGCAGUUGGCGGAGAGGCGCGAGCACGAGAGGGUGGUGCUCCACAAAGCCCUCGAGGACAACUACAACUUCAGCAAGAUGGCCGAGGAGAAGCUGAGCUACAAGAUGGAGGUUAAUAAGGAGAACAGAGAGGCCCGCUUCAACGCCUUAAAGCAGAAACUCCGCGAAAAGGAAAAGCAUGCAGCUGACGUUCGCCGAAACAAGGAGCUCCAGGCAGAACUGUCCGGCUGAGCAUUCCCUCCAAACGGUUACCGAGAAAGAGUGUUCCGGCUGUCCCAAACUUAGGCAAUUCUGCUGUCCGGAUUCUUUUUUAUUCAAAGCUCAUCACCAAACUCCACAUGUUAAUUUCACAGUCAGGAAAAAGACAGUUCUCAAGAGGUUUGCGGUAAUAUAUUUAAUAUACAUUAAUAUAUUAAUAUACUUAUUUGAUUUUAGUUUUUUUUUCAUCGAAUUGUUCAGUGUUUUUAAGCCAAUAAGUGUCCAUAUACGCUCCUCCACAUUACUUGGCUCAACAUUCAACAUAAAUCAAAUUCAGUCUCUGACUGUGAAAUACACAGCGUCAUUUUACAAGAUAAUAAAGAGUUCGUUGAGGGGUGUGUAGUCCGAGAUAAAAAAGAACUGUAGAAAUUAUCCAGUACUUCAUAAACCAAUAUAACGUAUCACAGUACACGCCAAAGCUAUUAAGCUUCAUUUUAUUUUUGCAAAACAAAAAAGAGUUAUUAGUGAUGUAAUCGGAGCGCAAGUGCAACUACAGUUAACUCUAAUCUAAGGCUUACGUGUCAGUUUUAUCUGAAUAUAUCUGAACUUCAUUGCUGUCUAUUAUAUCUAGGGCACAUAUUGAAGAUGGUCGCUUGAAUUCUUGACCUAAAGCUUCUUCAUCUCCUUGCAAUUGCUUUGUUCAGUGCCAAAAUUACAGUUUAAAACCUGGUAAUUAACACAGGUAAUUGUUGCAUAUCAUUUAUGCUUUAGACGUGCAAUCUGUGCAAAUGUCACUUAGCACACAAUACACCGUACUGCAGGGAAAAAUGUAUUUUUUUGACAAAAAAUAUUCUUUUGUUGGCUUUAGUGGGUACAGGUUUAUAAGUCCCUGGUAACCUUUUUUGAAGGUAAUAAUAUUCCAAAGUAAUACACACUAGAUUACAAAUCUCCAAAGUAUCCAUAGAAAUGAAUGCUUCUAAUGUUACGAAAUCAUACUCUUAAUGCAGUGCGGUUCUUUCCUGUGGCACCAAACGUUUUUUUGGGUUGCCAGCUAACGAUAAGUUAUAUACACAAAAUAUUAAUUAUUACCUGAUCAAUCAACUUCUUCAAAAUCAUUGCAAUUUGACAUUAAUAUAACGUGCUUUAACUAAUGAAUAAUAUUACUCUGCUAGGAUGUUUUACUGUGUGAUGUUAUUCAUAAGUUUUGGUGUUUAAUAGGUAAAUGCUAUUCAUGAAGACUCAGUUUGUAUAUAUCCAUCAUGACAAGGUAGCAUUCUCACUAACAAUGGAAGCUGAAUGGAUCAUUCACUAAAAUACAAAUAUUCUUGUAGAGCACAAACCUAUAUUUUAUGUUCAGUGACACCAAGAAUGGAAACAACUGAGAGCUGAAUUAAAGAGGUGACAGACCUUCUCAGAUGUUUCUCAGCUACCAUUUUGUAUUCAAACACAAAGACAUUAUACAUUUCCUACCAUGCCAGUUCGUAUGGUCUGGAUGUGUUACCAUUCACACAUAGCUUAUCAUUCCCCUUUGCUAGAUGCUAAACCUCUCUGCACUCAGUGUAUUGGCCAAUAUACUGGAUAUUAUUUUGUUAUUCCAAGAUCUUGAAUAAAUGAGGCUAUAAACAGUA